UAGUAUAAUUAAAAUGGAUACAGAAUAAUUCUGUUUUUCCCCUACAUUUGGACAGAAUAGGAGAUAAUGUUUCCACAAUUCAUUUUCUUUCUUCGUUUGGACGAAAUGAUCUGGCAGCAAUAGUAUGUAUUAUACAAUAGUCAAUGCUCAUCCAUCAUUGAAUUCUUACACGGAAACUUGUAUCUAAUUCAAAUAAAUGAACUAUAACAGCUUUCUUUGAGCUUUCGUCUUACCCCUUUGCAAAGAAAAUAAUGUCCUGUCAUAAAUCACCAAGAAUCAAAUUAAAGAAGCUUUAUCAUCACUAAUAGAUCAGGAUACUAGCUCUUCAUAUUCUACUCACUCAAUCAUUCUCAACUUUCAAUAACAUAACAAUGGUUUCCAAAAUAAAUUCUCUAUCCUUCUUUGUUUCUUUGCUCCUAUUAUUUUCCCAUUCCACAGCCAAAACACCUCCGAGACCUCAAGCAUUUCUUCUUCCAGUAACCAAAGAUGAAGCCACUAAAUAAUAUGUCCUUUGUCAUUAACCAAAGAAUACCCCUUGUGCCAGUAAAACUUACUAUUAAUCUUGGUCAACGAUUUUUAUGGGUUGAUUGUGGAAAGGGCUAUGUUAGCUCAUCUUAUAAACCUGUCCCUUGUGGUUCUGUCACUUGUAAACGUUCAUUAUCCGGUGCCUGUGUUGAAUCGUGUUUUGAUCCUCCUUCACCAGGGUGCAAUAAUAAUACUUGUUCACAUAUUCCUUAUAACCCAUUUAUUCGUACCAGCAAUCGUGGUGAACUUGCUCAGCAUAUUGUUUCACUUCAAUCCACUAAUGGUUCAAAUCCUGGUAAAUUUGUAUCAGCAAAUGGAGUAGAUUUUGACUGUGCUCCUACUUCUCUUCUUGAAGGACUAGCAAAGCGUGUCAAAGGGAUUAUUGGACUUGAAAAUGGUUAUGUAGGAUUUCCUACUCAAUUGGCUAAUGCUUUUUGUGUGCCCCGAAAAUUCGCUAUAUGCUUGAGCUCAUCCACAAAUUCUCAUAGAGUUAUGUUCUUUGGUGAUAGUCCUUAUGUUUUUCUUCCUGGAAUGGAUGUUUCAAAAUGAAUUUUUUACACCCCACUUCUCAAAAACCCUGUUAGUACUGUAGGAUCUUAUUUCAUUGGUGAGCCUUCGACGGACUCCUUUAUUUGAGUGACUUCUAUUAAAAUAAAUGGUAAUGUCGUGCCAAUAAAUACCACAUUGUUGACCAUCACCAAAGAUGGCAUAGGCAGAACAAAAAUCAAUACUGUUGAUCUUUAACACGAAAUUAGAGACUUCGAUUUACAAUGCUUUUACAAAGGCAUUUGUCAAAUCGCUUGCUAAGGUUCGAAGGGUGAAACCCAUGGCUCCUUUCAAGGUGUGUUAUAAUAGAACAAGUUUUGGAAGCACUCGUGUUGGCCCUAGUGUUCCACCCAUUGAACUGGUGUUGGGAAGCACAAAUUCUACAUGGUGGACUGUUACAAUAAAUAGCGGGGCAAGAACAACGAAUUGUGUACCUGAACGCAGCGGAAGAAU